AUGGCGAAUGAAAACAGACCAAAAAUAAGUACCGGUUUUUUACAGCCAGCAAAGGUUGACUACAAAUCUCUUGACGAAAACACAUUUGGUGAUCCUUAUCCAAUAGCGUUCAUUGAACAGCUUGAAAGCGUAGAUGACAGACUGAGACGAAACAGUGCUGUCAAUGAUGACAACGACUCGGACAACUCGGAUGAUCAGAUGUUUACACUUAGAUUCUUUCGCACCAAUUCUGAAAACAUACCAAGUAGGUUCGAUUGGUUAGACAUUAUUCCCGUAUUCUGCAUUUUGGUGGUUACUUUUGAAGCUGUAUUUGCUUUUCUUUCAAAGAGCACUUCUUGCGUUAUGGACGUUCUUCGAUGGUUGUCGGAUUUCUGUGGUCACUAUAAGUUAGUUGAUCGAAACAGUCGAGUUCAAGAACGUUUAGCAUUGAAAUCAAGAAAAUUUCUGGGAACUGCAGACUUUAUAUGCCUUCGAUUUGAGCAGUUUCUGCAUAUGUUUGGCAAUCAUGGCAUCGCAGCUGUUGUACUCACUGUAACAGCUUUAAUAAAUAUUCAGCAAAAGUCGCGAGCUAUAGACAUGGUUGCAGCAUAUAUCAUUGCUGUUCUUCUCAUCUGUAACACUUUUGCUGCCUUUAAAAAGGGUUAUUCACGGUUUCGGCGAAUUAGAAGUAACCGUUAUCAAUACGAUGAACUCUGA